UGGCAUGAGAUCGUUUUCUCUUGUGGUCGCACACGUGUUGCAGCAUCUGACGACAAAGCGUUCCUGAGCUGGCCAACACAAGCUUAUCUACACGUGGUAACUGUGAUAGACUAUUUGCUUCGCUAUGUACUGGGUGAUACUGUUAUACGGAGUUUUCUCUCAGCACGUGCUUUACACACGAGCACAAACAAGAGCUGAAUUUGUCGGUGCUCUAAUAGUUGAUUAUGACAACCGGAUCCCUCCAAACUUUGAAAAAAACAAUUACACCGAAGUAGAAGUCAGUGUGUUCAUUAACAGCAUCGACUCCAUCAGCGAAAAAACCAUGGACUAUACGAUGAACAUGUUCAUUCAACAAGAGUGGUACGACCCUCGCCUCCAAUUUUUCGGCCUGAUCGAUUCAAGCUACCUUGAACUUGACUCGAAGCUGAUCAACGAUGUUUGGGUUCCCGAUCUCUACUUCACCAACGAAAAGAAAGCUUCCUUCCAUGAAGUCACAAUGCCCAACCGAAUGAUGCACCUCUACGAGGACGGUCGUAUUGUUUAUCGGUUACGAAUAUCUGUCACAGCGUCCUGUCCUAUGAAUCUCCACCGCUAUCCGUUUGACUCCCAGGUGUGCUCGCUGUAUCUCCAGAGCUUCGCCUACACGCGGAAUCGGCUACGCUUUAAGUGGAAAGGUAAUAACCCGGUAAGGACAAACGCACAUCUGGAACUGCCGCAAUUCGACCUGGACAACCACGAGGUGUUGGACUGUACAGGGUAUGGGACGGACGAUCUGGCAGGAAACUUCACGUGCAUCCAGCUGAAACUGCAUCUGACCCGAAGCCUUGGGUUCUAUAUGAUUCAAGUAUACAUCCCUACCAUCUUGAUAGUUCUGCUGUCAUGGGUAUCGUUCUGGCUGAGUAUUGACGCUGUACCGGCUCGAAUUUCUCUGGGUAUUCUUACAGUGCUUACUGUCACUACACAAAGGACAAACUCGGUUUCGUCGAUGCCCCCUGUAUCCUACGUUAAGGCAUUGGAUGUGUGGAUGGCCAUGUGUCUGCUCUUUGUAUUCGCUGCACUGUUGGAGUAUCCGGUCGUAUACGUCAUGGAAAGACGAGACGUUAAGUUACUACAAUCGAAAGUCGCAGCUGAAGAGGAAAAAGCAUUAAAUUCGGAAAAGAAGCCGUGUGUAAGAGAACGCAUAGGACAAAACCGAGCACAGCGGAUUGACAACAUCUCUAAGAUAGUGUUUCCACUUGUAUUUUCGUCGUUCCUGGCACUCUACUGGGUAGCAUACACGUUAUAAUGAUUUUUAUAGAAUAAGUAGGACUCUGAUGUGUGGACAAUAUCGCAUGCCAGGAAGACAUGUCUAUAUAAUGUCUCGUCCUUAUAUGCUUGAUGAUAAUUGCAGUCUCCCGUAUCACAGAAACAUAAACUAUUAUCGAUGAGAGAGAGAACAGGAACGACAUUUGCGGGUCUUAUGUAUGUACUUACCCGCGUGCUUGGGGAUAACUGAUUUUAUGUUACGAGAUUCCUUACUAACAGUAGGGAAUGAGUAAUGACAUUUAAUCCUUUCGAGAUUUUUUGCCAUUUUCGAAAGGAAUGCAAAUCCCGCUAAUGGUCUCUAGUGUGCAACAUGUAUAAGACAAUUGUCUUCCUUUAAUUUAAGCCUAAAUCAAACAAGGUUAUAAAGCCAUCUAUUCAAUUUCUCCAAGGAUCUCAUAUAAAGGAGUCUUAACGAUUCAAUUAGAUUAAGAAAUAGGAUUUGAUACGAUUUUUGGUAAUAUUCUAACUAAGAUAUCAAUUUUUGUCCCAUUCUGGUGAAAACAACUUUUUGUCUGUCAAAAGUAGGCUUAUUUUUCGAUAGAUUGAGAAUAGCAAGACCGAUGAUUAGAUAAUAUGUACAGAUACCGCUCAUAACUUAAUCAUUAUUCUUCUAAUUGGCAUAUAUACACCACUCAUGUAUUUUAUGAUGAUCAACUUAAACGCAUUUGAAAGGAAACUCCGUUCACUUAUAUAAAUAUAUGAUUGAUUUUUCAUGCAUACGCACACUACAACUGUCCACCAAAGCGUUAUAUCUUCAAAAUAUUGACUGAAGUUAGUCCCGGAUGGGAGUUGCAACGUCGCCAGCUGGUAACUAGUUGAGCUGUCACGACGGAUCUUUUCAAUAAAUUUCUUUUACUAAUUUAACAAUCAGGUGUGUGUAAUUUAAUAACUAUAACCAGUUUGAAAUACUAAAAUAUUAAUUAACACAUAUCAAACUGGAAGAAUACUGGCAAGGGUUGACACCCAAAUAUUGAAACAAAAGGUCAAAAGACAUUGGCCCCUCUUUACGAAAAUAAUGCAAGAAUUAUCAGAACCUAUCAGAAUUGGCACUUUGCUAUUACUUAACAGCAAAAACGCAUUUAUAAGUGCUUUAAGGGAAAACAAAAUAGAAUAAUCAAAUUUAAUUUAUGUAUAUAUAUAAUAAUGUUUAUGUAUCUGUGUUUUAUUUCCAUGUCUUUCAAGCCAUUUGUUUACAUAGUAACAUCACCUGUCUGGGUUUCUGAUUAACUUGAAUAUUGUUAUCUCUAAUUAAUAUAUGAAUAAUGAAUGUUUGAAAUUUAUGGUACAUGUCAAGUACGUUGUAUUUAACUCAACGGAUUUUUUUUAAACAGUUUUUAAUCGAGUAUAUAAACUUCACCUUUGAUAAUAAAACUGCUGAUAAAAAAUCCAUAA